CCUCUGCCCCUCCCCACUCUCAGGCUGGUGGGGUGGGGAAAGCAGCCCAUUCCUGGGCUCAGAGACUCCCACCCCAGCUCAGAGGGAGCAGGGGCCCAGCCAGGGACGGACCCUCAUUCCUCCCAGGGACCCCAGACCUCUGUCUCUCUCGGGCCUUGGCUCCUUGAACUUUUGGCCACCAUGCGCUUCCCGAAGGUCCUCUCUGAUGACAUGAAGAAGCUGAAGGCCCGAAUGGUAAUGCUCCUCCCUACUUCUGCUCAGGGGUUGGGGGCCUGGGUCUCAGCGUGUGACAGUGAGGACACUGUGGGACACCUGGGACCCUGGAGGGACAAGGAUCCGGCCCUUUGGUGCCAACUCUGCCUCUCUUCACAGCACCAGGCCAUAGAAAGAUUUUAUGAUAAAAUGCAAAAUGCAGAAUCAGGACGUGGACAGGAGAUGUCGAGCCUGGCAGAGCUGGAGGACGACUUCAAAGAGGGCUACCUGGAGACAGUGGCGGCUUAUUAUGAGGAGCAGCACCCAGAGCUCACUCCUCUACUUGAAAAAGAAAGAGAUGGAUUACGGUGCCGAGGCAACAGAUCCCCUGUCCCGGAUAUUGAGGAUCCCGCAACCGAGGAGCCUGGGGAGAGCUUUUGUGACAAGGUCAUGAGAUGGUUCCAGGCCAUGCUGCAGCGGCUGCAGACCUGGUGGCAGGGGGUUCUGGCCUGGGUGAAGGAGAAGGUGGUGGCCCUGGUCCAUGAAGUGCAGGCCCUCUGGAAAAAGUUCCAGAGUUUCUGCUGCUCUCUGUCAGAGCUCUUCAAGUCCUCUUUCCAGUCCUACGGAGCCCCACAGGGGGGCAAGGAGGAGCUGACACCCCAGAAGUGCUCUGAACCCCAAUCCUCAAAAUGAAGAUACUGACACCACCUUUGCUCUCCGCGUCACCGCCCACCCACCCUGACCCCUCCCUCAGCUGUCCUGUGCCCCGCCCCCCCCCCCCCCCCGCACACUCAGUCCCCCUGCCUGGCGUUCCUGCUGCAGCUCUGAUGUGGCGCUGUCGCCCUGGCAUCUUAAUAAAACCUGCUUAUACUUCCCUGGCAGGGGAGAUACCAUGA